CACUUUCCUCAUAAAUCCUCAACCAACCCACCCACAAAGCCUCUCUCUCUCUCUCUGUAUAAACCAGAAACAUGGAUGCUUCAUCGAGAAAACCUUAUUUCAUCGAAGAAGAGGACGAUGAUAUGGCUUCUUCGUUAUCAGAGAUGGAAGCUGGGUUUUCUGGUAGUAACUCACUAAACGGUGUCGUUUCACGUCCUCUUUCUUACACUAGUCUCAGGAACACGAACUAUUGUCACAAUACCUACACUCACGGUUAUUAUUACCAUCAAUACUCUGUUUCGUCUCCGAGAUCUGUCGUUUCCCGAAGAUUCCAUGACUUCAGAUUAGAUAAUCAACAGCCUCAUUACUUGGAUUCGUGUUUCCUCUGCAAGAAACCACUUCAUAACAGAGAUAUCUACAUGUACAGAGGAGACACACCGUUUUGUAGUGAAGAGUGUAGACAAGAACAGAUAGAGAGAGAUGAAGCAGAAGAGAAGAGAAAGAAUCUGUCUUAUUCGGUGAAAUCAGCAAUGAGGAGAAAAGAACAACGAAGCUCCUCUUCUUCUCCGACCAGAUCUGGUGGUUAUGCUUUUCACAACGGACCUGUUGCUGCUGCUUGAAGUUCCGAAUCUGAUGAUGAGUUUGAAAACUAUAAUAAUAAGAACAAUAAUAAUUAGGUUUAAAAAAGGAAGAAGAAAAAACAAGACUUUGUCUCUGAACGUUUGGAAGUCUGUUUUGAUCUUUUUUUUAAUCUAAAAGAUCAGUUUACUUUCU